AUGAAAUACCACUUCUAUUUUCAAUCCACCAUGAGUUUCUCCCCCAUUGCUCCCAUCUGCCUCUCAACUGUUAUGACGGUCGCUGUAGCCCCUGGCACCGAUGGAAUCAUUGUCGCUGGUUUUAUCGAACAGGUUGGUGAUGUAGAUAUCAUCAUGUCCGAGCCAAUUGCUUCUGAUUAA